GUCGAAAAGAACCCAUUUCUUUACGAAUUAUGUUGACAAUUUAUCGCCUAAUGUCCCUCUUAUCGCCAUUGAUAUCCAAGCCGCGGCAUGAAAACGAGUUUAUGGGUCCGAUCUACUGAUCAGUGGUCCGAUCUAGGGAAAUCCCAUGACCACAAACUUCGAAGGGCUCCGACAGGACACACGAGUUUGACUCAAAUUUCAAAGCAGGUUCGUGCUGUUCUUGGUGAAAAGAUGGAUGGAAAUGUUCUGUACCAUUUAUUGUUGCUUUUGCUUUGUAUACGCUUAGGCAAAUGCAAUCAGCAAGCGUUUCAGAAGGCAAGUAGCAGCGGUGAGAUUUGUAAGGAGAAUAUUUGCAAAUUUGUCCUGACGCUACGAGAAGAGCUGAGCAUGACAAGGACGAUAAGACCGGGGAGAAUUUGGACUUCAGGCGAAACCUUUUUACUUCAACUAGAGAACGGAAGGCUGAUACAAAGGCUUGGAACAUUUUAUCAGCAGAAAGUUUACAACGAUUACGAUGGUCUUGUGGUUAACGCAACAACAGAUACUAUCACAGCAGACGGUGUUCGGCGAUCGCUCAUAACCAUCAACGGUCAGUUCCCUGGUCCUAUGCUCGAGGUUAUGGAAGGCAGCGAGGUGGAAGUUAUUGUUAACAACCAAAUGCUCCAUAAAAGUGCCACAGUUCAUUGGCAUGGAUUUCAUCAGCAUAAUACACCUUGGAUGGAUGGAGUCGCUUACAUUACCCAGUGUCCUAUUAGCCCCAUGACGUCUUUUAUGUACAGGUUUAUUGCAUCCCCAGCAGGGACACUUUGGUAUCAUGCUCACCUUGGAGGACUGCGUGCAGAUGGCUUGUUUGGGCUGUUCAUUGUCCACGAAAAACCACCAACGAUUCCAUUUUACCCUUUUGUGGUAAACCAUUGGCUUCACCUGCCAUUUAACGAAUACAUGAUUACAAAUCCUUACAAGAAAACCAAUCAGGGUGCAAUUGCAGGUUCAGCAGAAUACACAUACAGCUUCGAGCAUCUGCACAUGGAAAAGCCAAGGGCAUGGAGAACUAUUGACGGUGUGCGACUGUCUUCCAUGGUUUACACAAGCACCUUAAUAAAUGGAAGGGGCCAAUACAAAAAUAACAAAGCCCCUUUGCCGUGGUUUCAAGUUGAAGAGAAGUCUUGGUUUGGCUUUUAUAUCUUAAAUCCCGGUGUCGAGUAUACAUUUGCAGUUUCUAUCGACCAGCACCAGAUGGUAAUAGUGGAUUUAGGUGUUGGAAAAAUAAAACCUGUCACUGUUGAUGUUGUGUAUUUGAAUCCUGGUGAAAGAGUUAGAGUAAAAGUUCAUGCGAAUAAGCAUGUUGGAAAUUACUGGGUACGCUCAAGAACUUUGGAUGACCAAGGUGAGGCACUUGCUGUUUUGCAUUACAGGGGUGCAGGCAAUAACGAGCCGUAUUCCUUGCCAAAGCUCUGCACAGAUUUAGUUCCAUGUAUCAUCUUUAACUGCCCCGCAUCGGCAUUUCCUGAUGAGUCAAAAGUUUGCAAAUCACCGCACGGUUUUACAGGCAUAGGGAGAGCACGCGAACUGGCUGAAAAGGUGAAGAAUGUCGAUGUGCAAGUAUUUCUUGACUUCGCGUUUCCUAUUGGAGCUUCCAUAAAUGGCUUCAGAUUCGUGCUGCCAAAGAAUCACCUUUAUUCGGACGUUCCCCUUGACACUAAAUGCUCAAGAGCCAAUUGCAAAGGCAAAGCGUGUUGGUGCACCCAUUAUAUUGAUCUGCCAUAUAAAAAGACUGUACAGAUGGUGCUAGCAAAUUAUGGAGACAAGAGCAAAGAUCAUGGUCAUCAUCACACCAUUCACCUGCAUGGGUACGACUUUGUUGUGUUGAAAACCGGGUUCCCAGAAUUCGACCAAUCAACUGGCGAGAUGAUAAGAAAGAACAGCGAUUUGUAUUGCAUUGACAAACUCUGUCGCAAAAUGAGAUGGAGUAACUAUACUGAUGUCGUGAAAACUUUCAACUUUGAGAACCCCCCAAUCCAGGAUGCGGUGUUACUGCCAUACGGAGGGUACACCGUGGUGCGCAUCCGUACCGAAAACCCAGGUAAAUGGUUAAUGCACUGUCAUCAAAUGAUGCACGCCAUUGAAGGAAUGGAUGUUGUCAUUAGAGUGGCACCAGAAAAGGCUCCUUCGUUACCAAAGAAUUUCCCAAAAUACUGCGGAGGAUUCACCAUCAGCAGUGAGGAGUUCCACAGAAUAAUCAGAAAUAAAGACUGAGCCACUGCGUAUCGGCGUAACGCGAAAAAAGACAAUAAGGUCUAUUUUAACAGACUAAGGUCUAUUUUGCUUAUAUUUCAAGAAUAAAAUUUAUAUUUACUUCACUUUUUUAACUUCUUAUCUUAUAAAGUAUCACUUUGAGGAUAGUAAUCAUCAAAUUUUUAA